GACCAGCCGCUUCCGCCUCGCACCCACCACCACAACCCCACCUGCCGCCCGCGGCGGCGACGGCGGCGGCGAUGGAGUCCCUCGGCGUGCUUCUCCUGCACCCGAUGAACGCGUACCUGGAGCAAGAACUCGACCGCCGCUUCCGCCUCAUCCGCCUCUGGGACUCCCCGCCCGGCGCCGACGCGCGCGCCGCCUUCCUCCGCGCCAACGCCGCCGCCAUCCGCGCCGUCGUCGGCAACGCCGGCUACAACGCCGACGCGGCGCUCAUCGACGCGCUGCCGGCGCUCGAGAUCGUCGCCUCCUUCUCCGUCGGCAUCGACCGCGUCGACCUCGCCAAGUGCCGCGACCGCGGGAUCCGCGUCACCAACACCCCCGACGUCCUCACCGACGACGUCGCCGACCUCGCCGUCGGCCUCGCCAUCGCAGCGCUGCGCAAGAUCCCGCAGGCCGACCGAUACGUGCGCGCCGGGCUGUGGAAGGCCAAGGGCGACUACACUUUGACCACGCGGUUCAGUGGUAAAAGAGUUGCUAUUCUUGGGCUUGGCAGGAUAGGUUUAGCUGUAGCAAAAAGAGCUGAGGCAUUUGAUUGCUCGAUCAGUUAUCAUUCAAGAUCACAGAAGCCAUUUCCAAACUACAGGUUCUUUACAAAUGUUGUUGACCUGGCAGCCAAUUGUGACGUGCUUAUUGUGGCAUGUUCGCUUAAUGCAGAAACCCAUCACAUUGUUAGUCGUGAAGUCAUCCAUGCAUUAGGACCAGAGGGUGUACUAAUAAACAUUGGCCGUGGAGCACACGUGGAUGAACCUGAGCUUGUGUCUGCUCUUCUUGAGAAACGCUUGGGAGCAGCAGGCCUUGAUGUGUUUGAACAUGAGCCUUUUCCUCCAGAGCAGGUUCUUGGUUUAGAUAAUGUCGUUUUGGUCCCCCAUGUAGGAAGUGAUACAGAAGAAACAUGCAAGGCAAUGGCUGACCUAGUUCUACAGAAUUUAGAGGCACAUGCUUUGAACAAGCUGUUACUCACUCCAGUCAUCUGAUUGCUGCUGGUCCUCGCGAAUGUGUGGAGCAUCCUCAUUCUGUACUCCAAACUCUGAGUUUGCUAGUCUAGUUUAUGAACGGAGCACCAUCUCGGCAUGUUAUUCUUCCUGUAAGACAUCAUGCUAUGGUUGUUAUGCAAUCAACCAUGAUGAAUAAGAGUAUCAGUUC